CACCGGGCACCGCCCACCGCUCGCUAGUUAGCUAGCUGAGCUGUAAGGCUGCUAAACACAUCCAACAGACCGCCUACACAUAAGGUAGGGAUAUAAACGAAGUCAGCCUUUGUCAUUAUGCUGUUUUUACUGUCAAAAUAAAAACAGACUUAAAGCUUUUAUGCGCUGUUGCUAAAAAAAAAAUGGCAGUGAAAUUAUUAUUAUUUUUUGGUAUCAUGUGACUGUUAGCUGAGGCAUAAAUAAACUCCUUCAAGUUAACGGAAAGCAGUCACACCUUCCCGAAAACACAAUUUAAAUCUUCAUAGACAUUAAUAUAUUAGUUAAUGAAGACGGUGGUGUUUCUUUUGCGUUACUGUAGCUAGUUACGGUGUUCACGAUGUUUUAACGCUGCGUUAAUGUUUCUAUCUCUAAUGAACAGACCGUAAAAAACAACAAGGCUGCAUGGUUUAGCUUAAUUAUUACCUAUUAACUGACACAGGACACAAGUUAAUACGUUUUCUAUGUCUAUCUGAAGUGAUAUUCGAGUUGGCUUGUUUCCAGUUGAGGCGAUUGCUAAUUUUUUCAUCCCGUCCACUUAAACGAGUCCAGACCUGCAAACUUUCCCCACUUUAUAACCCUGUAGACUGGUUUUAUGAAGCUGUAGCCCAACUAAAGAGAGAGAGAGAAAGCUCAUUAGAUCAACUGUACAAAAAUACCUACAGCUAUAAAUAAUAUACAGAAAUGGUCAUACAUAACGGAUUGUGUAUAAGCAUGAACACAUGUAUAAAUAGACUUUUUAAUGCACUUUUUGCAGGGUUUGCCUCUUCUGCAUGUACUGUUUAACCACACAUUUUGAGUUUCCAUGCUUCUUUAUUUGACCGUUAGAUUACUUCUACCUGAAAACAUGCUACAGCACUGCUAGAGAUGUUGAUGAUGAAUAAGAACUAUUUCCAUGUUAUUAAUAAUUUACCAUUCCUACUUUAAAUAGUACCUCAAGCUCUCAUACCUUUUUACAUGAUCCUAAUCGUUUAGUACAUCAUGAACAGAGAACGACUGAUGCAAUAAUUCUCCUCACAGUUACUAGUCAGUUUAAUGGUUAAAACCAAAGAGCUCAGUGAGUUUGCUAUUAAGAUCCAUCGAUGGGAGAGAGUCGUGCAUUGUGGCUGCUCACACGACGGCAAAAAAGCUGUUAAAUCAUAACAAAGUGUUUUCAAAAUGCCAGAGGCUACAGCGGGAAGCAUAACAAAGAGUUCAACACUGUGAAAAAUCUCAGACUGUGUGGUAGUGACUCCUUUGUGGGCAAGAAUGGUAGUGCAAGAGGCCAAGAAAAGCUCAGUAGUUAUGUUCAAGACCGUCCUGAUGAAUCUGAGCACAAGUCUGGUCUUCAUGGACAAAGACCAAAGAGGAGUCCACUUCUCCCAGACAGGCACACAAAAGCUGCCAAGCUUUUUUACAAAAGCUCAUUUAGACAAAGGCCAGAUAUUUGGGUCAUUGGUUCUGCUUUCCAUAUUCAUGUAAUACUUGACGACGAGGACGACAUUAAGGUUGUGGAGGAAAAUAUGAGGAAGUCCUUAGAAAAACUUCCAAUCUUCCAAAAAGAGAAGGGAGCUAAAGACCAGAGUGAUGGUGAGGAAGUUUUCAACCUCAAAGACUUGGAAAUCAUCCCAGAAGAAGAGCGGUGGAACAAAAUCUCAGUAGAGACGUGUAGAAAGCUUGUUAGCAAUUAUAACAACUUUUUGUUCUUCACUGAUAACUGAGAAAGACUGAAUGACUUUGGACAUGGCAUUUGAGUAAAAAUGGAUUAAAAAAUAGAAAUAGUAAAUAAUGUAACAUUAACAUCUCUAACACAAUGUCUUGCUGUCUUUUAUUUAUGUCUUUUUCAUUGAUUUUUUUCCAUUUUUAACAAGAACAGCCCUAUUGGUCAACUAGAAAUAGACUAGAAAUCAAAAUUUGUCAUGAGUAUGAAUAACUUUGCGCUUAAUUACGUGAGUAAAACGACUCAUCUGGACUCAGACUGGACAACUAAACAGUAUUAGCAUCUGCUCAAUAAAUAGGGAACAUCAAUCAAGUGUUUCACAAGAAUGCAAAUGGCUGCAUACGUCAUAUUUCUUGAAUGUUGUCCGUUUCCUGUUUAUCUGUGUUUAUGUUUUUCAGUUCUUGUGUGUUGAGUGUUUGUCCUCCAGGCUGUGAUGGCGGCGGUGGCAGCCCCGGGGCCGAGGGCCACAGACUGUGUGACUAAGGUGGCUCUGAGCAUCUCGUGUGAAAAUCUGCUCGACAUGGACGCCUUCUCAAAGUCCGACCCUCUGUGUGUGCUUCUCAUGAACACCUCAGGGCCCCACUGGUGUGAGAUUGGCCGAACAGAGAAAAUCCAGAACUGCCUUAAUCCCAGGUUUUCCAAGAAUCUUGUCCUCGACUACUACUUUGAGAUGGUGCAGAAGCUGAGGUUUGAAGUGUACGAUAUUGACACCGAAAACUGUAGUCUGCAAGACGCCGACUUCCUGGGAGAACUGGAGUGUACCUUGGGACAGAUUGUGUCCUCAAGGAAAAUAACAAGACCGCUUGUUAAGAAGGACAAGAGGCCAGCAGGGCGGGGCACCAUUACUAUCUGUGCAGAAGAAAGAACAGACAACAGGGUGGUGGCGUUUGAGGCUGCAGGUAGAAAACUGGACAAGAAGGAUUUUUUUGGGAAGUCCGACCCUUUCCUGGAAUUCUACAGACAGACAGAGACUGGAUGGCAGCUGGCUCACAGGACAGAGGUGAUAAAAAACAACCUAAACCCAACAUGGAGGCCAUUCCGAAUCCCGUUGCAGUCGCUCUGUGGAGGUGAUGUGGAGAAAUCUAUAAAGGUAGACUGUUACGACUACAACAACAGCGGAUCUCACGACUUUAUUGGAUCCUUUCAGACCACACUCAGCCAGAUACAGCAGGCGUCCCAAACGUAUGCGGCUGAGUUUGAAUGCAUCAAUAGCAAGAAAAAACAGAAAAAGAAAGGAUAUAAGAACUCUGGUGUUAUCGUCGUCAAACAAUGCAAGAUUGUGAAGGAGUAUACUUUUCUGGAUUACAUCAUGGGUGGCUGUCAGAUUAACUUCACUAUUGCUAUUGACUUCACAGGUUCCAACGGAAAUCCCAGUUUACCUCAGUCCCUCCACUACAUCAACCCCCAAGGCUAUAAUGAAUACCUGGCUGCUAUCUGGGCUGUUGGUAACGUCAUCCAGGACUACGACAGUGACAAGAUGUUUCCUGCUUUUGGUUUUGGAGCCCAGAUCCCUCCAACAUGGCAGGUUUCCCACGAGUUUCCCAUCAACUUCAACCCAUCAAAUCCAUUUUGUGCAGGUAUAGAGGGCGUGGUCAGUGCCUACCAGCAGUGUCUGCCCCAAGUGAAGCUUUACGGCCCCACAAACUUCUCCCCUAUCAUCAACCACAUGGCCCACUUUGGCAGACAGGCCCUGCAGCAGCAAACUGCCUCACAAUACUUUGUCCUUCUGAUCAUCACUGAUGGAGUCAUCACAGACAUGGAUGAGACACGCAGCGCCAUCGUCAGAGCCUCUCAACUGCCCAUGUCUAUCAUCAUAGUCGGGGUAGGAGGAGCGGACUUCAGUGCCAUGGAGUUCCUGGACGGAGACGAUGGAAUUCUACGCUCGGCUGCAGGCGAGCCGGCCAUGCGGGACAUCGUCCAGUUUGUUCCAUUCAGGCAGUUCCAAAAUUGUCCUCAAGAAAUGCUUGCUCAGAGUGUCCUGGCAGAAGUCCCAGGUCAGGUCACGGGCUUCUUCAACAGCAUGGGUUUGAAACCACCCCUCGGCGAUGCACCUCCCUCUGACUCCUCAGCACCUCCCUCUGACUCCUCAGCAUCAGCACCUCCUUUGUGAUAUAUUCAAGCUUGUGAGAUUCAGCCUUCCUCCUCAAUAUCCCACCUCCAAAUGUCUUGCCGUUUCCUACUUGCAUUCUUGGAGGCGAGUCCUCUUUAACUCUGGAAUUGUGUAUUAAUUGUUCCUCCCUUUCCUAUCAGACCUUAUUGCCAUAUUAGCAUGUUGCGCGCAGUCUGGUAGUCACGUUUUGAUUGGUCAACGCUAUAUAAAGUUAUAGUGUAAAGCAAUAGUACAUAGAUAUUGUCAGUGACAUUUUCUAUCAUUUGUUAACAGAUGCUUAACACAGAUAUUCAUUGUGAUGCUUUAUGUGACUCAAGUGCCAGGAUUGUUUGAAAUUUAAGCCAUUUCUUCUGUUACGACCUUUUGAAGGAUUUAAAGGUGGAGUAAGCCAUUCUUGAGAGAAUUUGUUGAUCUUUGAACUAAGCAGAACAAAAAAACACAGCCGUCCUUAGUGCUUCAUCAGAUGCCUUGCCCUCUAGAUUCAUUCAUUCAGCACAAACAACUGGGCAAAUGGACCAAGGGAGAAAUGUUCCAGCCAAGGAAGUAGAUAUGUCUACAGCAAACUAGCUUAGUUUAGUUUUUAGUCUUAAGAAGCAGAGCCUUAUGCAGACCACAUCCUUUCCCAGGUAGAACAAACACUUGUGUUGACCUGCAACUGUAGUUGAGAUAAGAGAAACUUUAUUGUUCCCUCACCAGGGAAAUUCACAAGUUGCUGUCCAUGAGCAAAUCAACAGAACCAGUUGGUGCUGAAACUGUCUUUUCUACAAGCUACUGCUGCAUAAACAUCAUCUCCUUCAAAAAUCUGAGAGUUGUGCUUUAAAAAUGUUAUGCACAUUCAGUAGUCUGCUGGUGCACAAGUAUAAAUGUCUCCUGUUGGUACUUGACUGGAAUAAUGGUGGUUGGAGCAAUCUUCCACUUCGUUUGCCAGUUGUGUACAAAUGCUGAAAUGUGUUUCAACACACACCCAGAACGGACAGUUAGCGAACUGUGACGAGAUAUGAAUUUGACGGAAGACAUUGUGGAUUAGAGUGGAUUACUCCACCUUUAAUGGAAACUUGGCUCAAGGUCUUUGUUUUUUUGGAUCUGAGGCAGCUAAUAACUGUCAUCUCAUUAGUCUGUCAAGUGUCAGUCAAGUGUCUCUAUGAAAGGGCUCCAGUACCUAAAUAGGUAUACUACAGCAGUCGCUUUGUUGAUUUUCACCUUUUCAUGUUGUCAUGGACGUAUCUCAAAUCAUAGAUCUUGACCAAAGCUAUAGCUUUCAAAAUACAAUUCAGGUAUGCUUCAAUAAUGUUUACGGAUGGAAUCCUGGAACCUUUUGAAGGUUUUUCACUACAAAAACAGUUGUUUUGUAGUUGUUUUGUACUUAAGUUUUUCUUAUUUUUACAAAUUCCAUGCUUGCAUUUGGUUUGACUGGAUUUGGUGCUUCUACAUGAGUGUUGAACGAGGGAAAUCCUUUAGUCACACAGUUUACAGAGCAUCCUUAGAAGUUCACUCUGUCUUAAGGAAAAUACUAAAACAUGUCACUUUGUUGAGUGUUGUGAAAGUGGUCCGAUACUUUUCAAAAAGUGUAUGUGUAAAUUCAUUGAGUUGUUGUUUGCACUGAUCACUGUGGCAUUGCCUUAUGUACCAUACACGUCUUUGUCAAAGAUUUUAUCAGUAUUUUACGUUUAUAUUAUAUGCAAUACAAGAAAAAAAACAUCUAACCGGCAUGAUAGCCAGCUUCUACAUAUAUAUUUUUUAUGCAACAUAAUCAGAUAAUUAGAUGUAUUUUUAUGUUUAUCUUACUUCUUCCAUGUCAUAUUAAAGAAAAACAAAAGUGGUUAAAAUUAACAGUGAUUCAAAGGAACAGUUAAUUUGUGCAUUGUUGAAAUGCGUUUGUGUAUGUAAUUUGAUGGAUGUUUCCUGUUUUACACAUGAUGCUCAUCCACACAAAACACAUCUUAGGAUGCACAUCUAAAAAACUAACACUCUUCACUGUCACUUUUGAUAUCUAUGCAGUAUAAAUUUAUCACUGAAAAAGUUGGAA